AGCACUGCUAGUCUUUUCCUCGCCUCUAUUUCUCUCUCCUUUACUGUCUCUAUUAUGUGCAGCUGGUUUCUCUACCGUUAGGGUUUUGAGGACAAUUUUUUGAAUCCUCCUCGAACCUUCUCUCUCUUUCGCGAUUUGAUUCUUUCGAACUUUGUAUGCUUCUCUGGAUCCAGUAAGCCCUAGUAUUGUCUAUUUCUUGGUAGCCUUUAGUUCCAUCACGAAGCUUCUUGUUUGUUUCGCCACUGAGGUUCCAGAUUCGUCUGAUCCGUGGCGUAUCCGACGAGCGAAGGUAGCGAAGGUCAAGCGUAGGUUCGAAACUAGCUCCGGGCUGUUUCUACCAGUCUAUUACGUCCGGUGUUUUCAAUGCAAUUGAAAUCUAGGGUUUCCAUUUUUUACAUGUGGAUGGGAACCUUGUACCAGAUCCGGUGGGUUUUCUAAUUCCGAAGGCGUUUGCUUGCUGGAUUUGGAAAAAAAUUCUGGUUCUGGACUGAUGAUAGUUUGAACAUGAGCGAUGGAGGCAAGCAGAGUGGGGUAGACAAUGAGAGCAGCUCGUCCACGAAGAAAAAGCAGAAGGGUGGCGAUGACUUUGGUCGCUCUGUUUCACGGAUCGCGGUAGCCCAAAUUUGUGAGUCUGUUGGGUUCCAGAGUUCUCAGCGGUCAGUGCUUGAUACUCUUGCGGAUGUAACAAUUCGGUAUAUUUGCAGUCUGGGUAAAUCAGCACAUUACUAUGCUAACAUAUCUGGCAGGACAGAGUGCAACCCGUAUGAUGUAAUUCAAGGGCUGGAAGAACUUGCUGGUUCGGCACAGGGAUUUUCUGGCGCUUCAGAUGACAACAGGUGUUUGUCUAGUUCUGGGGUUGUUCGGGAUAUUUCUCAGUUCGCGAGCACUGCAGAGGAAGUUCCUUUUCCUCGGGUAAUUCCAAGAUUCCCAGUUGUUCGUACCUUGAAGACUACACCUAGCUUUGCUCAGAUGGGGAAGACCCCUGCUGGGAAGCAUAUCCCUGACUGGCUUCCAGCAUUUCCUGAUCCUCAUACUUACGUGCACACCCCAGUUUGGAAUGAGAGAAACACUGAUCCCCGGGCAGACAAACUUGAGCAAGCAAGGCAGAGGAGGAGGGCAGAGAGUUCCUUGCUGAGUUUGCAGCAGCGAAUUGCUUGCUAUGGUGCAGCUGUGUCCGUUCCUUCAGAUAAUGCUAAUGAUUCAAAAGGAAAGCAGGUUGCAGAAAAUAACCCAUUUCUCGUACCUCCUUUGCCUUAUGACUCGAAGCAGGUAUCGGGUGUUGCCAUACCAAAGUAUGAUAUCGCAAAGAAGAGGUUUUCGGUGCUUGAGACUUUUGCCCCUGCUAUCGAGGCUGCUAAGGCUGGUGCUCUCGAAUGCAGGGCUAUUGAAAGAAGAUCGUUACCUAGCAAAAGGGCACCUGUGCAUUUUAGGAUAGGAGUUGAUAAGAAAUCCAUUUCUGUGCCAUUGUCUUCAGGUGUUUUAGGUAACAAAUCUGAUUCCUGGUUUUUAAGGGACGAUCAGAAAGAUGAUAAGAAGCGUAGAGCUGAGAUGAUACUCAAAGAAGCUAUGGAGAACCCACAGGAGCUCAUUCAACUGUAACAAAAAAAGUCUCCUUUUGCGGAUUUUCUUCUCACGUUCGGAUUCACACAACUUUCUGUGCUUCAAAAUCUGAUCAUUUCUUUAGGAAAUUUGAGGUAUACGGUCUAUUCCCACAAUUGUUCAGUUGGUUUGGCUGACGCUUGAAAUGUCUCGAUAGUUAAUGGAUGAUAUGUUUAAAUGUAUACAUUCUUGCAAUCUGCAUCCAUGUUUUUCUUCUUAAUGAAUGCCUCAAGUUUGCUACCCUUUGCUUCGGUAUUUCACUGAGUUGAACCAAUGCCUGUGACAUUUCAUUGGUGCAUGCACAAACUGAUAAAUGCCCUGAAAUGAUCAAUCACGACCUGCAUAUCAUCUUUAUUUUGGUGGGUGAAUUAUGUUGUCACAUUGACGAAUUAGAGCAUCUUGGUAUUAUUUGCAUUUUUUACUGCACAAGAUUUUGGUUCGUGCGCUGAGCUGUUUUGACAAAAUUCAUCUUUUAGUGGAUUGUACUGAUCUCAUUGGUCACUCUGCGCCUCUGAAGACACAUGCUCUUCGGAUGGAUGAAGUGAUAUUUUGUUACAAAAUUUAUCUCUUGGGAAGUUAUGACAUCUGGUGUGCCUACUAGACAACGGCAUUUUGAAUGUGAAACAGGUAGCCGGAAAAAAAGAAAACUUGACUAUCUUUUCUGGUUUGGUUGUUUCCAUCAACUGCGAGCUGUAUUCAACACCUUUUGAUCAGAGCUGUGAGGUGCCUUUCACAUUCAUUCAAGGAUCAUUUUAGUCCCCUGUUUUAGUGCGAAGCAUUUCUGUAAUGCUUAAUAAGCAAUAGUUAAUUCUGAAAGAGCAGGCUGUAUUUUUCAUCCAUUACAUGCAUUCAAUUUUCAUUUUCUUCAGUAGGUUAAAUUCUGAUCAUAAAUUCAUGUAAAUCUAAUCAGCAGUUUGUAGCACUUUAGUUCUUCAUGGAUCUAUUCAUAGCAACCACAGGGAUUGUAAUAAUAAAGAGGCUCUUUGAUGCAAUUUACAAUGAGGUCUGCUGAUACCUAAGUGGAAGAUGCUGCAUUCGACCAUUUUUUGGCAUGCUACUAUCCUUCCUAACAGCAUUCUCAUGCCUGAAGCUUAGGCUGAUUGCAGAGUUACCUUGGUGCUUUUGUAAUCUUUACUCAGCUGUAAACAGAAUGUUAUGUGGAAUUUCAUCCCUUGUUGAAGUUAACUUUCCUCGAAACAGUCUGAAGUACAUGAAAUAUCGGAGGCUCGUAAUUUGUCUGCGAAUAUGGUUCUGUUGCUGCAGUAUAAAAUUUUGAAUGUACGGUCAGACAUCAGUGUCUGUAAUAGAUGUAAUGCGCUCUAUUUAGCAACUUUAUUUGUCUGCGUAGAAGUUUUUUGGUCUUACCUUCA